AGAAGAAGGCGAAGAAGCAGGCGAGCGUUCUGUUAGCAGGCCACAGACCCGCUCAUUAAAAAAAUAUACAUCUUUCAUAACUUGGAGGUUUUUUUCUCAUCAACGAAAAGAGAGGCGUCGAGGCGAAUCCUUUUGGCAGCAUAUUUUCGAUGAGAUUUUGACUUUGGCUGAACAUUUGAGACGGUAACGAUCACAAUGGCUGAUGAUUUUGACGUUGAGGCAAUGCUGGAAGCCCCUUACAGAAAGGAUGAGAACAAGUCCUCUCAUGCAAAUGGACACGAUGACCACAGCAAGAAGAAAAGGCGAAGCCGGAGCCCUGGCUCAAAGAAGAGAAGAAGUAGAAGCAAAAGCAAGGAUAGAAAGAAGGGUAAAAAAAGGAGCAGGAGCCGAGAAAGAAAGCGAAGCCGCAGCAGAGAGCGUCAUCGUAGCCGCUCCAGAAGCAAGGACCGAUCCGGACGAUACAGAGCACGCAAGAGCCCCGUUCGCAAACGGUCCAAAAGUCGGAGCCCCUUCAAGAAAGAGAAAAGUCCCAUCAGACAACCAAUUGACAAUCUCACGCCAGAGGAGCGGGAUGCCCGCACCGUCUUCUGUAUGCAACUCGCUGCAAGAAUCCGAGCCCGCGAUCUGGAGGAUUUCUUCUCAGCAGUUGGAAAAGUCAGAGAUGUGAGAAUGAUCUCAGACAGAAACUCCCGCAGAUCGAAAGGCAUCGCAUACAUUGAGUUUGUGGAGGCUUCGUCGGUACCGCUGGCUAUUGGUCUGACUGGCCAGAGGCUGCUGGGAGUGCCCAUCAUCGUCCAGGCUUCUCAGGCAGAGAAAAACCGAGCUGCAGCGGCUGCCAAUAACCUCCAGAAGGGCAGCUCAGGACCGAUGCGACUGUAUGUGGGCUCACUGCACUUCAACAUCACUGAGGAAAUGCUUCGAGGGAUCUUUGAGCCUUUUGGAAAGAUCGAAGGAAUCCAGCUCAUGAUGGACAGUGAGACUGGACGCUCCAAAGGAUACGGCUUUAUAUCGUUUGCAGAUGCAGAAUGUGCUAAAAAGGCACUGGAGCAGCUGAACGGCUUCGAGCUGGCCGGGCGGCCCAUGAAGGUGGGUCACGUGACGGAGCGCUCCGACUCGUCCACAGCCAGCUCCUUCCUGGACAAUGAUGAACUGGAGAGGACCGGCAUCGACCUUGGUACUACAGGACGGCUGCAGCUCAUGGCUCGACUAGCAGAAGGCACCGGCCUGAAGAUCCCUCCCGCCGCUCAGCAGGCCCUGCAGAUGACCGGCUCCAUACCCUUCGGAAACAUCGCCGCUCCAGCUGCUGUCCCAACUCCAGCUCCAAGCCAAGCUUUGAACCUCCCGUCACAGCCGCUGGCCACACACUGCCUUCAGCUGUCCAACCUGUUCAACCCGCAAGCAGAAAAUGAUCCCAGCUGGGCUGCUGAAAUUCAAGACGAUGUUAUUGAAGAGUGCAACAAACACGGGGGAAUCGUUCACAUCUAUGUGGACAAGAAUUCUGCACAGGGAAACGUGUAUGUGAAGUGUCCCUCAAUACCAGCUGCAAUGGCAACUGUAAACGCACUUCAUGGACGCUGGUUUGCAGGCAAAAUCAUCACGGCUGCCUAUGUUCCCCUACCAACCUAUCACAACCUCUUCCCCGACUCGGUGACAGCGAAGCAGCUUCUAAUGCCGGCUCGUCGAUAGUCUGAGACGCCCCAGGACGUCGCUGUACAUAACAUUUGUUUGCAUUUAUUGAAAUGUAAUUGAAACAGACGCAUUGAAAUUAGCUGGCUGUGUGUAAUAAAAGUGGCCUCAAGUUCACGUUCACCAUUGAAAUUUAGUUUUUCUUUGUUCUUUUCUUUUUUUUUUUUUUUUUUAGUUACUUUUCAAUUCUUUGUGAUAUUUGUGUUGUGAACUACCACUGAGAAGUAAUCUGCAGGUAUCUAUUGGUCUGUAUGUUUUUAAAUAUUCCUGUCCUAUCUGCUUGUUUAAAAAUCAGCAGUUUUAGAGUUACAAAACGUGUUGGGUACAAUGGCCCGACAUGCCAAAAAUAUAUCAAUGUCAACAAUAAUCCUUUGUAACUUUAUACAGCCAUAAUUUCAUUUUUGUAUGAAGGCUCCCAAUAAACUUGGAAAAUUUGGCAGUUUUGCUUUUGUUCCCAUUUUGGGGAGAUUGUUUUGGCCGGGUCCAAUCUAAAAGAUGUGAUUAAAGUCUUAAUUACAGCAUUGGA